GGACGUGCCGCGGGGGGAACCGGGCGGCGGGGCCGGGGGUGCCCCGGGGGAAGCGGCGUGGGGCGUCCUGGCCGGUCCCCGGCACCGGGAUGUCCCCGGUGCGCCCCGGCUGUCCUCCCUGCGUGUCACUGCCGUUCCCGGGCUGGCGUCCCCAGAACAUCCCGUGUGCCCUCAGCGCAUCCCGCCUGUGCCGGGUCUGUCCCCACUGUCCCCAGCCUGGCCCUGCUGCGUCCCCGCUGACCCCGGCACAUCCAGGCUCCAUCCCUGACUCUCCCUGCUGUGUCCUGGCUGUCCCUGCUGUGUCCCCUACUGUCCUUCAUUCCCCCGCUGGUCCCCACCAUCCCCAGUACAUCCCAGCUGUCCCCUGUGUGUCUCUGCUGUCCCUACUGCAUCCCGGCUGUCCCCAGUGUUCUCCCUGCAUCCUGGCUGUCCCUGGGAUGUCCCCAGUGUCCCCGCUGUAUCCUGCCUUGCUCUGGCAUGUGUCCCUGCAGAGUCCCAGCUGUCCUCGAUGUGUCCCUGCUACCCCAAGGCUGUUUCUGCAGCACAUCCCGCUUGUCCCCAGUGUAUCCCAGCUGUCCCCAGGGUGUCCUCACUGUCCCUGGGCUGUCCCCAGUGUGUCCUGGCUGCCCCAAAAGCAGCCCAGCCCCUGCCACCCAGCAGCGCUGGGGACACUUGGGGCUGUCACCCCACGUCCCCAGGGCUCGUGGUGAGGACCGUGGCGCGGGGCAGGCCAAGGCCAGCCCGUCACCGCCGUGUUGGGGACCACGGCCCGGGUGCGGGGCCCGUUCCCUGCUGCGCUGGCGUGUCCGCGGCCGCGCGGUUUGGGCACGUGCCGUGUCCCCGCGGCGCCUGGGGUGGGUGGCUGCUGACCUGCGCUGGGUGACCAGAGGGACUGGGGAGGGGGACACGGGCUCCGGCUGCCCCGGCUCUGCUGGAGCUGCGUCCCCGUCCCCACAGGGACCCUCGCGCUGCCCCCGCGGGGCCCCGCGCUGGGGGAGGGGACGGCCAUGCCAUCCAUCUGUCGGGCCCCCCCAGCUGUCCCCGCCGGCGGGCCCUGGGGGGGCCGCGGGCUGCUCUUCCCCUCCAGACAGAGUCUCACUUCCCCCCUUGACGCAGCCGGAGCCGCCGGCCCUGGGGCCGCUUCCUGCGCCGGGGGCAGCGCAAGGGGGGCCCAGGCACCCCCGGGCACCACGGGCCACCCCAGGGACCUGCCGGGGUUUGUGCGGCCCCGCGGGCUGCAUGGGGACAGGGACGGGGGCAGCACGUGUGAGGUCUGGCCGAGGGUGCGCGGUGCUGCUGAGCACCGGGCUGGCGGGGUCCCGGGGCCACGCAGCCUGUGACAGCGGGGACAGCCGGCUCGGCAGGGACACGGGGAGCGUGUGGCCUGUCCCCGCUGCGCCGAGCGGGGCUGUGAAUACCGGCUCGAUGUUUGUUUUUGCCGCUCUCGUUGCACUGAGUGGGAGAAGGCGGCGGAGUUCGCUCUGGGGUGUCUGGUGUCCCCCAGCGCUCCCAUCAGUGGUGCAGCCACGCGGGGUCAGUGGGGGACAGGGCUGUCACCAACACCGCGUGCGCCCCGACCUUGCCUGCUUCCAGUGACCCCCCCGGCCUCGCUGCCUCCAUCACCCCCAGACCCUCUCGUUGUCCCCUCCAGUUCCCACUGCGCUGCCGAACCCCCCGGCCAUCGCCACUGUGGGGUCCGGGUGAGCCGGGACCGUGUGGCCCCACAUCAGCCCCAACCCCUGCUCAGCUUGUGGGGUGCAGGGUGGGGGCCCCGGCGUGGGGGGACAGCACAGCUCUGUGCCCGGAGCCCCGGGGGUGUCCCCAAAGUGUCCCCAGGCUCCAAAGGGCUCAGGGUGCCCCAGGUGGGUCCCUCUCCGUGGGGUGCCCUGUACCCCGGAGGUGCUCGGUACCACAUGGGGCUGGGUGUCCCGGUGCCACCUCUCCCGGUGCUGCCUCGGCCCCCCCGGCCCGGCUCCCCGGUGCUCCGCGCCCGGCGCUGGCGGAGCCGCACAACGGGGGCGGCGGCGGCGGCGGCUCCUCCCCGGCCGCGGCGGGAAGGCGGAGCUGGGCCGCCGCCGCCUCCCAACAAUAGCGCGGCCGGGCCGGGCCGGGAUGGAGCCGCCGCCGCCGGGACCGGCCCCGGGGCCGCGCUGAGCGCGAACGGGCGGCGCCGCCGGGAGCCCGGGCGUGACACCGCGGACGAACAGGGCUGCGACAGCUCCAGCGAGCGAGAGAUGUCGGAGAGCGUGGCCGAGGCACCGGGAGACGGGAGCCCCGCGGCCCUCGGUGAGACGGGCACCAGCCAUGAGCUCCUGCAGCGGCUGCGGGAGCUGGAGGCGGAGAACUCAGCCCUGGCCCAGGCCAACGAGAACCAGCGGGAGACGUACGAGCGCUGCCUGGACGAGGUCGCCAACCACGUGGUGCAGGCGCUGCUCAACCAGAAGGACCUGCGCGAGGAGUGCAUCAAGCUGAAGAAACGGGUGUUCGACCUGGAGCGGCAGAACCAGGCGCUGAGCGACCUGUUCCAGCAGAAGCUGCAGCUCUCAGCCGGCUCCCUGCCCCAGCUGCUGCUGCACCCGGUGCCGGUGCCCCCGGACGCCCCAGCCAGCCCCCAACCCGGCUCUGCCGAGCAGCCGCCCCCCCCGCUGCCCCCCAGCUGCUGUGUCCCCGUGCCCGAGGUGACCCCACCAGUGCCACUGGGCAGCCCCGGGCUCAGCCCCGGCACCCCCCCCCUGGACGCCCUCUCCCCCUUCUUCAAGAAGAAAGCGCAGAUCCUGGAGGUGCUGCGCAAGCUGGAGGAGACGGACCCGCUGCUGGGGCCCCCCCCGGCCUCCCCCGGCUCCCCCGAGCCCUGCGCCGCCCCGGCCUGGCCGCCCUGCCCGCUGCGGGGCCCGGGGGCUGCCGGGGGGUGGCGGGGGGCCGAGGGCAGCCCCUGCUCCUCGCCGGAGGAGGCGGCCCCGCCGCGGGGGGCCCUGCUCAGCGCCCUGGCCGAGCGGCUGCUGCGCGGCGAUGGCGGGUGCUGCCGGCGCAACGGCGAAGCCCCCGGGGGCCCCCCCCGGCAGCGGCGCGGCGACCACCCCGCGUUCCUGGGGCUGUACGCCCUGGGCGAGGAGACCCCCGAGGGCGGCUUCGCGCCGCUCUCGCCCGGAGGGGGUCCGAACCCCCCCAAGGUGCUGAAGCUGCCGCCCCCGCCCGGCGCGCUGCGCCUCAGCCCCCAGCUCCCCCGCGCCUCCAAGAUCCCGUGUCGCGGCGGCAACCCCGAGGCCUCCCCGGCGCUCAGCCGCCGCGCCUCCCCCGGCACCCCCCCCCAGCCCGGCUCGCCCGAGCCCCCCGCUUGCCCCCCAACCCGCGCCUACGAGGCGGCCGAGCAGCCCCCGGGGCCGCCGGGCCCCCCCUCCAGCGGGGCGCGGGUGGCUGCGUCCCCCCCCAGCACCCGCCGCGGUACCGGGGGCUCAGCCCCCUCCCGCCGGCCUGGCAAGAAGUCCCCCGAGCCGGGCUACCUGCCCUUCAAGGAGCGCCUGGCCGCCCUGGGCAAGCUGCGGGGGGCCGAGGGCCGCGAGCCCCCCGGCCCAGGGCGGCCCGAGCGGGGCCACGGGGCUGAAGCGCGGCCCCCGCCUCGGGGGGCCUUGGGGGGCAGCCUGAAGCACCCCGAACCCGCGCACGCCGGGGAGCCCCUGGCCCGCUGCUACUCCUCCUGCUCCAUGGGCGAGCCCGGCAAGGCGGGGGGCAAGAACCGCCCCACCGGCGGCCGGACCCCAUCACGGGGUACCCCAGCCCCCCCCGCCAAGGCCACCCGCAGCCCCCACGGCAGCCCCACCAAACUGCCCACCAAGGCGGGCGGCGGCAAAGCCGCGACGCCGCGGGGCGAGGAGCCGGCGGGGGCCAAGGCGGCGGGGGCACCUCGCAAAGCGCCACCGGCCCCCGAGCCCCCCGGCGCGGGGACACCGGCGGGCGCCGCCGGGCACUCGGCCAUCGAGGAGAAGGUGAUGAAGGGCAUCGAGGAGAACGUGCUGCGGCUGCAGGGCCAGGAGCGGCCGCCGGCGGGCGAGGCCAAGGGGAAGGCGGCGGGCGGGCUGGCCAGCUGGUUCGGGCUGCGCCGGAGCAAACUGCCGGCCCUGAGCCGGCGCGGGGACGGGGGCCGCGGGCGGGACUGGGCCGGCACCCCGGCCCCCCUGCGCCGGGAGGUCAAACUGGCCGCCCGCAAGCUGGAAGCCGAGAGCCUGAACAUCUCGAAGCUGAUGGAGAAGGCGGAGGAUCUGCGCAAAGCGCUGCGGGAGGAGCACGGCUUCCUGCAGGCGCUGGACAAGGGGCGGCCCCGCGGGCCCCCCCGCGCCCCCGGGCCCCUCCCGGUCAUGUACCAGGAGGUGACGGCCGAGACCUUCAUGCAGCAGCUGCUGGACAGGGUGGACGGGAAGGACGUUCCCUAUGAGAGCCGCCUGGAGCACAAGCGGGAGCUCUGUGACCUCCGGCGGGUCCCCCCCGAUGCCAAAGACCCCCGGCUGUGCCGCCCGCCACGCAACGGCAUCGUGGGGCACCUGCGGGAGCCCCCCAACAAGGUGCCCGACGUGGGGCUCCGGGACGAGCUGCCGUCCGACGAGAGUUUGUCGGAGUCGGGGAUGUCGCAGCAUUUUGCCGCCUGCGGGUCACUGACGCGGACGCUGGACAGUGGGAUCGGGACCUUCCCACCCCCCGACUACGGGGGGGUCCCCGCCAAGAGCGCCCCCAAACCGCGGGGCCGCCCCGAGCCGCUGCCCGGCACCGUGCCGGCACCGCCGCCCCGCAUCACCAAAGUGCCGCGCAAGGCCCGGACACUGGAGCGGGAGGUGCCGAGCGCCGAGGAGCUGCUGGUGGCCGCAAAGCACCGGAGCACCCCGACGUGUCACCCCCCAGGGCCCCCCAGCCCCCACGCCGGUUCCCAAGAUGCCGGUGCCGACGCCGGGAAGCCGCAGCGCGUCCAGCAGAGCAAGAACUGGACCUUCCCCAACGCCAAAGCCUGUGGUGCCGCCGACCCCUUCCUCGGCCCCCCCGGGGGGCUGCACCGGCCCGUGCUGGCGCCCGUCUGCAGCCCAGCGGGACAUCGAGGGGCAUCCCCGGAGGCCCCCCCGCCGCUGCCCCCCGCCCUGAGCGCCAGCAGCAGCCGCACCCCCAGCGCCUCGGACGUGGGGGACGAGGGCAGCACGGGGGCGCAGUCCCGGGACGGGGGGCAUGGCCCCCCCACGCUGGAGCACUCCGAGUCGCUCAGCGACUCCCUGUACGACAGCCUCUCCUCCUGCGGCAGCCAGGGCUGAGCCCCCCCCGCCGCACUCGCACGUCUUCCACCCCCCCGCUGCCCACCCCCAGCCCCGGCCAGGGGUGCUGCUCGAGGUGGGGGGGGUCCCAGUGUCCCAUUUUCCCCCCCGACACCUCUUUCCGAUGGUGCUAUUGCAGUGUACAGCCCCCGCCGCCAGGUUUUUAACUCAAUAAAGCGCCCCCCCCGGGUUAUUUAUAUA